AUGGCGGACGAAGGGAGUCUGGAAGAAUUGGAGAAAAAGAUUGAUCCAUCGCAUCCAGAAGUGAUGGCUCUCUUCACUGAAAAAAUAGGAAAUAUAAUGGGAGGUACAUUGCUUAUUGGAUUGCCAAAUGAACCAACGCUCGAUGAAGUGUUCAACUCGUAGAUUGCACUGGAACAUGGCCGCGCUAUUGUUGUAAACGUUCGUCAGCAAGAUGAACAAGGCACUUUGCUAUCUGUAGUUGUCAUCCAAAAUGCAACAGUGCAUGACUUAAAGAAGGCAAUACAAAGACACAUCUCACUUAAACUUUCCAGGGAAGGAGCUGGCAUAAAUGUUGUCUCCUGGUAA